CCUUUUGUAGCUCUACCCCAUGCAAACUUGCAACUCUCUCUGCUUCUCUCUUUUGCACACAGAGCUAAGCCACGCAUCACACGCCCGGCAUCUUUCCAGGAUCAAACAAGACCUUCUCCCUUGGUGCCCAGAAGACGCCAAAGGGUUCACUUCGUAGGAUGGCACAAGGGACAAACCCAAGCGCCCGGCAGGCCACAGAGUGACCGCUUAAGCCUUUGGGGCUUAAAAGGUCAUUUUCUAGCCACAAAGAAGGACUUGGAUCUACUUUGAAGAAGGAGUAUGGCAGAGUCAAGGAGCCAGGAUCUCUUUUGGAAGAGUUUUUGGCUAGUAGCAGCCUGGUUCCUGUGUCCAUGGGUGCCCCCCAUCCAAGGCAGCUUUGCCAAUGUCCCCGUGGUCUCCAUCCCUGAAACCCCGUCUGAGGGCCAGAACGUCACCCUCUCCGUGGAGAACGUGACGGGCACCAUCCGGGAGAUCAACUGGUACCGAGGGCAGGCCACCGAGGGGGCCACCAGGCUCUUCACCUACUUCCCUGGUUAUGGCCGUCCACAGCGGAACGGGAUCCAAAACACGCAGAGGGAAUUUGGCUUCCCCAAUGGCUCCCUCCUCAUCACGGGGGUCCGGCCCAGCGAUGCCAAGACCUACACCGUCCUGAUCCUGAUCCGACCCAAGGGGACUCUCAAAGGGACCUUUGAGCUGAACCUGGCCGGCCCAGUUACUCAUCCGCCUCCAACAACAACAUCCACUCCGCAGACGCCAUCCAUCAAGGAGCCAACGCGACCGCCUUCGAUGCUGGGGUGGAUCGUGGCCGGGGUGAUGGUGGGCGUCUUGCUGGCGGGAGCAGUGGGGGCCACCCUGGUCUACCGGUUUGUCUUAUACAAGAUGGAGCCCAGUACAGGGAUGGAUCCAAGAGGGAGAAAAACGCCGGCCCCCAAACAUGAUGACAAGGAGCCCAUCUACGAAGUGAUGGAUUCCCCCGUGGAAUCGCCCAAGACAGAAGGGAAAGAGCCGCUCCCAACGCCAGGACCGCUGCCUCCUCUGCCAGGGACCUGCCCCAACUUGGAGUCAAACUACAUGGAGCUGCUGAAAAGAACAGAGUCAAUUUAUUCCGAGAUCAAGAGGUGACGUAACCAUUUGGAAAAUACCUCUGGACACCCAGUUUCCAACCUAGAUAUCUAGAUCCCAGAAACGACCCAUUCCAGUAUUCCUGGGAGGUGAAGCUUUGGUCCCUUGGCUUUCUGUCCUUCUUCCACUGAUGGAACCCAGGACUUUGCCUCCUCAAGACUGUGAAAACCACCACCAAUUUCAAUCCAUGCUUCUUGAGCCCUUUGAGACUUUUAUCUCGAUGGGGUGGAUGACCUGGAAGAAACGUGACACAGCCUGGGGAGGAAACCAUGGUGCUCUUGUUCCCAUAUCCCUAGAAGGCAUGGGGGCACAUUCAUCCCCCAAAUUUGAGGGGGUCUUGGAGACAUAAAAAUUGACUUGGAGACCACAUACCGAUCAUGGACCUGCUAUCCAAACUUCUGGGCUAAAGGGAUACUUUGGGGAAAGAUUCUGGGGAAAGCAAAGGAGAAAAAGAGACUAGUCCCCCCAAAACCAUGCCUGUACAUAGGUACUAGGACAUAUGGGGAAAACCGGACAGUACUGUAUCCUUUGGCUAUCCAGGUUUGGCAAGGAUGAUCCUGAUUAAUCCUUUGCCGUCCCACUUUCUCACCUGCUUUUAAAACGUCCUGUUUCUCUCUCCUCCUCCCACUUUCCCCCUUUUGUCCUUGGCUUAAUCAGCUGGGAAUCAAAUAAUACAACUAGGUGACGUCAAAGGCUUUCAUGGCCGGCAUCCAUAGCUUUUGUGGGUUUUUCAAGCUAUGUCGCCAUGCUCUAAGAGAGUUGAUUCCUAACAUUUUGCCAACAUCUGUUGCUGACAUCUUCAGAGAAUGCUGCCCUUAGAAGAUGCCAGCCACAGAUGCUGGCAAAACAUCAGGAAUAAACUCUUCUAGAACAUGGCCAUAUAGCCCCAACCCCCCCCCCCCCACAAAAAAACGAUAGUUAAUAGAAAGAUUAAAUGAGUGAGGCUAACCUUUUUCCAAGACAAAUGAGACUGAGGGAGACCAUUAGCUGUAACGAUAUUAAAGUCCAAUGUUACCUCCCUGCAGAAUGGCUGCCAGGUGAAAUAAAUGGCUGGGCUCCUUUCCCUUGAUAAGCAACACUUGCUGAAAUGCCUUCUCCUACCCAGCCUUUAAAGGGACAGGAGCCCUGACCCUUAUUUAAUCCAACAGCCUAUUCUGACCGUAUCAUACAAGGCUAAAAGUGUACCCAUACUCCUAGCAGUUUGAUCCCAAGGCUCCAUCCUAACAACUCCUGGGAUGGGUAGUUUGCUAAGGAAUGUAAACUCUUCUUCUGGAGAGAUGGAGCGCUGUAGUUCCCAGAGUGAAGGUAUGUUUCUGUAGUUCAGAGGGAGGCACAUGGUGCUAUCUUACAGAAUCUUAGGAUGCAUCGUUUUGGGGAUGUGUUUGGAUGUUGCCAUCUAGAAUCAUAGCAUCUUAGAAUAAUAGAGUUGGAAGAGACCCCAAGAAGGACCAUCCAGUCCAACCCCAUUCUGCCUUGCAGGAAAUCUCAAUCAAAGCAUCCCCAUCAGGGAUGUAGCCAUGAUUUUGGGAAGGGGGGGUGUCCUGACUAAGUGCCACCAUUAUAAUGGGGCUUGGGUGCGAUGGCACGGCAGCAUGCAUCAUUCAUUAUAUGUAACAGAAGGGGGGGGGGUCUGGACCCCACAGACCCCCUCCUUGGCUAUGUCCCUGUCCCCAUUGAUAGAUGGCCAUCCAGCCUCUGUUUAAAGCCCUCCAAGGAAGGAGACUCCACUACACUAUGGGCACAUAACCCGAAAAAAACACAAAAAACCCUAACACAACUAGGCUUUGCCAAAUCCAAAACCUUCAGCAGCAGGCCAAGAUUGGGUGCUGUUGUUUUUAUCACUGCCAUCUCUGUUUUCUAUGUUGGGGGGGAUCACCUGUUGAAUUUCCGGCUGACAUGGAUCUGGAAAGAUACAGGAGCCCCAUACCCACCGUGGCUUGGGCAAGUUCUUGGUCAUCUCUGCACCUUGUUAUUAAAUGGCAGAAGGA